GGUCUGAUAACGUGAUUUGCCUUCUCCCUCCCCUGUCUUCCCUGCCCGCCCACCACCGCCGACCCUUCCCUAUGUGGCGCGGGACCUCCCCAGGAGCCAGCGGCAGCGCUACCGGGAGGACGGUCAGAAUGGGAAAGAAGGUGAAGAGGAAAUCGGAAGAUGUUUCCUCGGACGAGGAGGAGGAGUACGUGGUGGAGCGGGUACUGGAUCGUCGUGUGGUGCGGGGACGUGUCGAGUUCCUGCUGAAGUGGAAAGGUUUCUCCGAGGCUGACAACACGUGGGAACCAGAGAAGAACCUGGACUGCCCAGAGCUGAUCAGCGAGUUCCUGAAAACCUACAACAAGGAGAAGGAGAAGGAGAACGGGGCCGGAUCCAGGGACAAGGUGGAGACUGGGAAGAGACGGUCGUCCAUCGUCAACGGCAGUGAGGACACAAAGGCCAAAAGGAAGAAGGAGGAUGACGAUAACCUCAGGGGUUUCGAACGGGGCCUGGAGCCAGAGAAGAUCAUUGGAGCCACAGACUCGUGCGGAGAGCUGAUGUUCUUAAUGAAAUGGUGAGGGUGCAUUACCCAUCCCCACCCCAAUCCCUUUUCUUUUCCUUUAUUCAUUAACGGGAUGAGGACCUCGACGACCAGGCAGCAAUUAUUGCCCAUCCCUAAUUGCCUGU